UUGCGCGUGCACAUGCGUGCGACUGCAACGAUUGGACCCGAUCGCUGUGUACCGUUCGCUACUUGGUUUAUGAUCGGUGGUGUCAGGUAGUGGCCGAACGAUUUGCUUGAUUACUAUUUCCAGAAGUUUCUGCAGGAACUCUCCACGGCCAAAUUCCUCCCCAAAAUUUACCUCAUCCCGUCCGAUCCAAGUGGCUGCGUUGCUCCACUCUCAAUUAUCGAUCGUAACUUUCUCGUUUUUCAUUUUCCACAAACAGUGUCCGCCUAACUGUUUCUCAAAAUGUCCUUUUUCGGUUCACUGAUGGGCGAUCUGAACGAUGAUCCUAUUUUCGGGUCUCAUAUGCAAUCUGUGAGGCACAUGAAUGACAUGAUGACUUCUCUGUUCAAUGAUCCGUUCGGCAUGAUGGCUCAUCCUCGCCACAAUGCUAUCACACAUGCCAGUCACAGGGACAGAGGUCGUCAGGACGACCUUCAAAUAUUGCCAUUUGGAUUUCCAUCGUUUCAUAAUAUGUUCACAAAUUUUGACAAUAUGGCACAAAGCACGAAUUGUCAUUCCUUCACUUCAAAAUCUGUAAUGACAUUUGGUACCGACGGUCACCCUCAGGUUUACCAAGCAACCAUGUCCACAACGACCGCUCCUGGUGGUGUGAAGGAAACGAAGACAACAGUCUGUGAUUCUCUUACUGGAACAAAAAAGAUGGCCAUUGAACAUCAUAUUGGAGAUAGAGCACAUAUCUUAGAGAGGGAACACAAUCUGCACAGUGGCGAACAGGAAGAGCGUCAAGAAUUUAUUAAUCUUGAUGAAGAGGAAGCAGAAAGCUUUAAUAACGAGUGGGAGACACGUGUUCGUCGUUAUCAUGGUGGUAAUUCUCACUAUAAUAGCCAUGGUCAUCGAAAUCGAUCUGAUCAUAGGCAGUUGGCUUUGCCUGAUCCAUCGGGAAGUCGAUAUUCUAAUCCAUCGAGAUGGACAUCUAGACGUAGUUUAAAAUUGCCAACACCAUCUAAAGUAAACACUCCCACUUACAGUUUAAGGUACAGCCGCAAAUAUUAAUAAAGUAAAAGCAUAGUACACAGUGGUGACACUUAUGCAACUUCGAGUUCUUCCAAUUGUAUUGAAGAUACUAAAUCUGCGUCAGCAGCAACUACAACCGCAAUAGGAAACCGAAAACGUAAACAUAUACCGGAUAAUAAAGUAUGCAAAAAGUGUCACGUUGUACCAGAUAGUAAUGUGUAGAUUCUCUAUUCAACCAUUCAAACUACUAUAUUGCUGAUGAUAUUGCAGAACUUCGGUAGGAUUCGUAUCGUUUAAUAAAAUUACGUUGAGUCUA